GACGAACACCCUAGGAUCACCGCAGUCGCUUUCCAACCAGCGCUACGAUACAACGUGCAAAGGUACACAUUUCCAGUGAACGGUCAUCUCAUCGAUAGAAGAAAAUGGUUGCGGAGAAGUACGACAAGGCCGACCCUGAGUUGAAACUGGAAUUGAAGACGAUCGCCCAGCAGAUCGUGGCACCCGGAAAGGGAAUCCUAGCCGCCGAUGAAUCGACCACGACGAUUGGCAAACGUCUGAAGGACAUCAACGUCGAGAACACCGAGGAAAAUCGUAAAGCGUACAGGCAGCUUCUUUUCACCACUGCUAAGGAUGUUAUCAGCCAGCAUAUCUCCGGCGUGAUCCUGUUCCACGAGACUCUGUACCAGAAAGCCGAGGACGGGACACCGUUCGUAGAGUUGCUGAAGCAGCGUGGCAUUCUGCCAGGCAUCAAGGUGGACAAGGGAGUCGUUCCACUGUUCGGCACCGACGACGAGUGCACCACCCAGGGUCUCGACGAUCUCCAGGCUCGUUGCAUCCAGUACAAGAAGGACGGAUGCCAGUUCGCCAAAUGGAGGUGCGUGUUGAAGAUCAAGAAGGACUGUCCUAGCAAGCUGGCCAUUCUGGAGAACGCCAACGUGUUGGCUCGUUAUGCUUCCAUCUGCCAGAGCGCCAGGAUCGUGCCGAUCGUCGAGCCGGAAAUCUUGCCCGACGGUGACCACGAUCUCGCCCGAUGCCAGCAGGUCACGGAGGAGGUUCUCGCCGCCGUGUACAAGGCUCUCGCCGAUCAUCACGUGUAUCUCGAGGGAACCCUCUUGAAGCCGAACAUGGUGACACCCGGACAGAGCUGUCCGAAGAAGGCGACUCCCCAGGAGAUCGCAGCUGCGACGGUGACCGCCCUGCUGCGCACCGUGCCGCCCGCCGUACCUGGAAUCACUUUCCUCAGCGGUGGACAGUCCGAGGAGGAGGCUUCCGUGAAUUUGGACGCGAUCAACAAGUUCCCAGCGAACAAACCUUGGGCGCUGACGUUCAGCUACGGACGUGCUCUCCAGGCCUCUGUCCUCCGCGCAUGGGGCGGCAAGAAGGAACAGGUCGCCGCUGGCCAGGACGAACUCAUCAAGAGGGCCAAGGCCAACAGCGAAUCGGCACUGGGGAAAUACGCUGGUGGUGUAACGGGAGCUGCGGGUAACGCCGCUCUCUUCGUUGCGAAUCACGCGUAUUAAAAUAGUAAUUAGACCAUCUCGAUAAGGGUAAUAGAAUAUUCGACCGUUCGUCGAAGAUCGUAAACGUCGAUCGUUGUUGCCGGCCGUGAAAACAUUACCAUCGACAGUGGAUGACGGACAGCGAAUGGGAAACACUCCGGGAUCUGUAUAUACCUCCUCGAAACAAUCUCGAAACACGAAGCAUCUGUACCAUUUUACGUUACACGCGCAACCAACAGGCCAUCACAACGGAAUCAGAUACGAUUUUUUAACUCGUCGCGAUGAUUGGCGUCCGAUUGAUUUUAACUGACCGAGUACGAAUUUCAACGAUGACUUUUUAAACCGCGAAUGCAGAUGCCGACCGCUGAUUCGACCAUGCAAAAACAAACAUCGACAGGAAAAAAAAAGAGAUAAAGCAACCAGGCGAGGUUAUUUGAGAAUGAACAGAGUGAUGCUUCACUCGGAUCGUAAACAGGUAUCGCGACAUUCGAAUUACGCACGCGUUAUUAUAUUCUGUAAUACUAUGAUAAAAAGCAGAUCUAUAUAUAUAUAUAUAUUAUAUAUAUGUUAUAAUAUAUUAUCAAUGUCGUUAUGAUAUUCUUUAUAUUAUAUUAUAUAUAUAUUAUAACAUAUUGUCAAUGUCGUUAUGAUAUUCUACGUGUAUAAAAGAAAAAAAUAACCAAAAAAAAAGCGAAAAACAAGAUAUAAAUACAUAUUAAAUGUUGUUUGUUAGUGAAUGAGUCGAAUAUUAUGAAAACGUAAUAUUAUGUCAUCUACUUAUACAAUAUGUGUAUCUUAUAUAGAUAUUUAAGUAAUGUAUUAAAAAGUAUCUCGUACAUCGAUGUUAUAUCUAAUAUUUUCAUUGCAAUCUAGGUCACCAAAUAAAUACACUGUGGAGGGUA